CGAGCUAGGGGGUAUUGUUCGCUUUUAUAGUUAUUUUGAAACCAUGUUUGCUAAAAAUACUAUACGGCGGGGUGGCGUUGAUGACUCGAAGACCGUCAUCUCUGUAGUACAUAUAGGCUAAACCUGUUACCAUAUUUACCUUUGAUGGUGUUGGGUAUGAAAGCUCCGAGUACGCACGAUUCAAGUCCAUCACAGCUCCAAAGGUAACAUCAAAAAGAAUUGRGGAUUAUUAGUCGGACUAGCCGAAGGCUAGGUCGACUUAARKYKUACCUUUUAGUCUAUCUAUCUAUGAUUUUGUCGCGUUGUUUGGGUUGCCUGUGUUAUCACAUGACCGGAAGCUCAAACGUAUAGAUGUACGAAUAUCAUUAGUAAAUGUUAGAUUCUACUUUCGCUUUKAUGUGAUAAAAAAAACUAUUUGUUUACAAAUGUGGUAUCUCAGUGAUCUAAUCGGAAUGCAUCAGUCUAGGCAUCAGAAGUACGAGUAAAGAUUACGUUUGUCAUAUUAAUAGAGGUUACUAAAACAUUUUAGAUAUGUGUGGAAAAGACUGGAACUACUUUAAUGGCUUCUGSUACAAAACCACCUCUUCCUGUGCCUCUUGGAAUGCAGCUCAGUCCAAYUGUCUUGAUGUCAACUCCAAUCUGGCCAGUGUCACCAGUACAUUCAACAUCGUCACGGCGGUGAUACAGGAUAGAUAGGACUACAAGACAUUGACAGUGAAGGAAACUUUACCUGGAUUGACGGUACCAAUGUUAACUUUACCUACUGGGCGCCAAACCAACCAAACGGUUACCCUGGAGACCAGGAUUGCGUCCAUUCCCUGGGAUUACGUCAUGAUUAUCAUUGGAAUGACGUCACAUGUGGAUCUUGUCACUCAUACACAUACACAAGAUAUUGAUGAAUGCUCAUCGGGCGUCCAUUCUUGUGAUGCCAAUGCGCAGUGUACAAACACCGUAGGAUCCUACACCUGCAUUUGUCUUCUUGGUUUUAAUGGUGAUGGAAGAACUUGCUCAGAUAUCGACGAAUGYUCGUCUGGUUCCCACAGCUGCAAUGGCCACGCACAGUGUACUAAUGCAGUUGGGACCUACACCUGUCAAUGUAACCCAGGAUACCACGGUGACGGUUGGGCMUGUACAGAUAUAGACGAGUGCACGACAGGUUCCCAUUCCUGUGAUGCGAACGCACAAUGUACUAACAACAUGGGUUCCCACACCUGUCAGUGUAACCAUGGUUUCCACGGUGAUGGAUGGACGUGCGCAGGUAUUGAUUGUAUAUUAAAACACUCAUACAUAAUUAAUGAAUUGUUAGGCCAAUAG